CUCGGCUCGAAGGGAAACAAAAGGAAUUGCCUGGGUUCCCAUGGCUGUGGCAGCCAGCACCUUCAUACCAGGGCGCAACCCUCAGAACCGUCACUAUAUCCCAGGGUACACUGGACAUUGCCCACUGCUCCGGUUCAGCAUGGGCCAGACCUAUGGGCAGGUGACCCGUCAACUACUUCGAGGCCCUCCUGGCCUAGCCUGGCCCCCUGCCCAUCGCACGCUUCUGCCUCCCAUUCGGCCUCCAAGAUCUCCUGAGGUUCCCAGGGGGAGCCUACUUCUCAGGCGUGGGCAGGAAAGGCUCAGCUCCAGCAUGAUCCCUGGGUACACAGGUUUUGUACCCCAGGCACAAUUCAUCUUUGCUAAGAACUGCAGCCAGGUCUGGGCUGAGGCUCUGAAUGAUUUUACUCAGUGGCAUGGGGGUCAAGGUAGUCAAGAGCUGCCAAAGGAGGCCAAGGGAGAAAAAGACAUGGAGAAAGACCAAGAGCCAAAGACGGAGCUGGAGCUGGAGGUGACCAUGCCAGAGAUGGAGCAGCAGGCUUCUCCCUAUUCCAUGGAUGACAGAGACCCUCGGAAGUUCUUCAUGUCAGGCUUCACUGGCUAUGUGCCCCGUGCCCGCUUCCUCUUUGGCUCCAGCUUUCCUGUGCUCACCAACCAGGCACUGCAGGAAUUUGGGCAGAAGUACUCACAGGGCAGAGCUCAGAAGGAUUUCAAACAUCUCCCCCCACUUCCCAGGACCUACCCUCAGCACCAGGGUCUUUUACCCAACUAUGGGGAAUUAAAUGGCUUUUCCAUGCCCCUGGCUACAGUGACAGACUCUGUUGGCCACACAGGGUAUAAGUUGCAGUUCAACCACACAUUUGGGCAUCUUACCAAUGAUGCUCUGGGUCUCAGCACCUUCCAGAAGCAGCUCCUGGCUGAGGUGCCUGAACUUCAAUUUCCCUUCCCUUUUCAUCUUACCCCAGCCAUCCUUUUGGAGGGAAAAAAGGUGGGGGGCGGGGAUGGAACAGAGAGAAAAUGGCUUGGAGGCUGAGCACCUUUUUUAUUAAUAGGUGUAAUAAAUAAAUAAAUAAAUACAUACAUAAACAGAA